UAUUUAGUACAUAUUUGGACUUUAGACUUUAGUACCAUUUGACCUCAAAUGGUUGUUGUGCAGUACUUAAAAAAUAGUAGUUCUUAUUGUUUAAAAUAUAAACACACCAAAUGUUAGCAGCUUUGUGUAGUUUUUAUUUGAAAGCUGUCAGAAUAACUAUAUUAAGGAGUGAGUUUGGCAAGACAGUAAAUAAGAUUAUUUUAAGUUUAAAUGUGGUGAGACAGAUCCGUGUCUUUGUCACAUGUGUCAUGUUUAUCAGAGAUGUUUUCUGGUGGAGAUUUUGUCACUAGGAGGGUGAGGAGCAUGACGUUACCUCGGUUAGAAGCUGGUGGAAGGUUGGGGGUGUAGCUUCUCUGAAAACAGACUUAAAAACAAACUGAGAAGAAUGUGUGCCCUGAUUGGCUGGGGGGUAUUAGGUGUCACCAGCUGCAGGGGGGUGGUAUAAAGCCCUGGGCCACUGUGCGCUCACCAGAACCAACAGCUGAACGGGCAUGCACACACAGUAGUGGCAAAAGUACAGUGACUGUCAAAUUCUGCGAAAGAUUUCUUACUUCCCCACAGAGCGCAGAUGGAAAUCCAAAGGACUGGAUCCCUGCUGGGGUCUCCGAACAACAUGGAGAGUCUGGAGAAACAGCUCAGUUGUCCGAUCUGUUUAGAUAUGUUCACUAAACCGGUGGUGAUCCUUCCCUGCCAGCAUAACCUGUGCCGAGGAUGUGCAAGCGACCUUUACGACUCCAGAAACCCGUACAGGUUUUCCGGUGGGGUCUUCAGGUGCCCCACCUGCCGCUUCGAGGUGGUUCUUGAUCGUCACGGUGUGCACGGGCUCCAGAGGAAUCUUCUGGUGGAGAACAUUAUCGACAUUUAUAAACAGCAGCAAGAAGGAGGCAGUGGAGCGUCCGAGCCUCCUCUAAAGCCUAAGUCCUCCACCGAACCAAUGUGCGAGGAGCACGAGGAGGAGAAGAUCAAUAUUUACUGCGUGACCCACCAGGUUCCCACUUGCUCAAUGUGUAAAGUGUUCGGUCAGCACAAGGACUGUGAAGUGUCGCCCCUUGCCAGCGUUUACCAGGCCCAAAAGGGUGAGCUAAGCAAUGCCAUUGACGCUUUGGUGACGGGCAACGGGCGGCUUCAGGCCCUGUUAAAUCAGAUGGAGGACGCUUGUAAAGCAGUUCAGGACAAUGCCCAGCGUGCGAAACAGAGGUUAAGUGAGUGCUUCGACACGCUCUACACCGCCCUCGAGGAGCGGAAGAGUAUUCUCUUAGAGCGAAUUGGCAAAGACCAGGAUGAGAAAGUGGCAGCCCUGCGGCAGCUGGCCAGACGUUACGGAGACCGCCUUCAGGCUGGAACGGAGCUCACCGAUACCGCAGUGCGUGCCCUCGAGCAGAGCGGUGCCGCAGAGUUCCUGCAGUCUUCCAAGGGCCUUAUCGCACAGACCAAAGAAGCCUCCAAGAGCUCGCUAGCUGAGGAGAGACCUGAGCCUGGUUUCGAGAGAAUGGACCAUUUUACCCUGUCCACAGAACAUGUUGAGGCAUUGUUGUCCAAGAUGGACUUUGGAGCAGUCGAUGAGGAAGAGUUUGAAGAUGCAGAGGAAGAGGAGGAAGAGUAAACUGCACGUGUACAGCGUAUCAGUUAUCAGGGAGCUAGAAUGGCGUGAAGCCGAGAGGGGAAAAACCCCGGAGGCGUAAUGACGGACAGCAGAUAUUUAUAGAUUUGAGCUGGUUUAUGGUGCGUGUUGCUGCUAAGCAGUAUGAAUACUGGACGAUAUCUUGGUGCCAUUUUUAUACUUUUGUAUUUUUAGUUGUUUGAUUAUGUGUCUGUGUGCUCAGUAUAUCCUGGUGUUUUUUUUUUCUUCUGUAUUUCUGGCAGAAAUAAAUGGUACACAUGCCAGUCUGUA